AUGACCUUCCAAGAACUUCCUGCAGUAAAGGUAGUGACAUACAAUGCCGCUCUCAGCGCCUGCAGCCAGUGUGGCCAAUCUGAGGCAGCUCUACGGCUCUUUGAGCAAAUGUUCGAGGAUACGAGCCUGCCCGUUCCGAACGAGGUCUCCUUCAAUGCGGUCAUCACAGCUUGCGCUGUAGGCCUGCGAUGGAGUGAAGGCCUUGCGCUGCUCCGCCGCGGACGCUUCAAUGGAGCACUUUCGCCGUACAACGCAUUGGCUUCAUCCUGCUGCAGGUCUCAUGCGUUGACUUCUGCCUUGGAGCUCUUGGAAGAAGUGGGCAGGCUCCAGUUGCAGCGGGACACCCUGAGCUACCUCGCCUUGACACCGGCCUUGGGAGUGCCCAGUGGGCCGCGAGCAAGAGAACUGCUUUGCACCCAAGCACAUGACGCGGAGGCCGUAAUGCAGUCAGCUUCACGUUCCAGCUUGACGAACGAGCUGGGGCCGUCACUGGCGCUUGCU